AUGUUGAGCCGAAAGCAAGGCGACGUUUUCCGGCGCAGUUUUUCGCCUCGGUUUUCCUGCCGAGGAAUUCACUGAAAAGUGUCCAAUUUGAGUGCUGUGGAGUGCUGGAAAGUUGUAUUCUUUCUUCCAGAUCGCUGCUGACGAUGGGAAUACUGGGAAUUGUGCCAAUUUGCGUCUUCUUCUGUGCCCUAACCUCGGCCUCGGGCGCUGAAGAGCCCUCCAUCAACAUCACACCAAAAAUCUAUUCCAACAUCUUUGUGCGCAAGCGGGAAGAGCAUCGCCUCGUGCGGACGCACUUGAGGAUUACAGACAGCUAUGAGAAGCAAUUCACGCUCCUGAAGAUGGCCUACGAGAAGAUUCUGCAGGUGAUAAACGAGAGUCGCAAAGUGUUGACAGUGGAGCCGAUGGGAAAGGAAUUGCCGGCGAAUCAGACUGAGAUGGAGGCGCUGUUCCUGCUGCUGGAGAACACUUGUCUCUUCGGCGAUCUCGUGCUGUACAUGCCAGACAUAUCGUACAAGGUGCUGGAGAAGACCGCCGGCUGGCGCGAGACCAUUGACUGGGCGCUGAGGGUAACAGUGCGACACGAGCUGGUGAUUGACGAGAGAUCCAUGGAGAUGCUGAGGCUGUUCAACCAGGAAAUCAACCCGGAGCAGCGCUCGAAGGACUUCAUGAAUCCCUACAGGCAGGAGAUCGAGCUGCCGCCGCCCGAGAAGCCGAAGCCGACGAAGAAGAUGCGGAAGAAACUGAAACGCGGCCCACAAUUGGCCGGCGGACAGCGAAACUAUGAAGAUUUGUAGGUCAAAGAGCUAAAUGUAAGUCGUUUUA